AUGAGGCUGGCAAGAGCGUUACUCAUGACCGCUGGUCUUGUGCCAAGACUAACCUUUGCUAUGUUUGCAACUCUUGGGCGAGACAACAACAGCACGUGCAGGAAGACCACUGUCGCCAUCAUAGGUGGCGGUGUUGCUGGUAUCACAGCGGCACAAGCACUUGCCAACCAGUCUGUUACUGACUUCCUGAUUCUGGAGUAUCAAGAUCACAUUGGUGGCCGCAUGCGAAACACCAAAUUUGGCUCUGAUCCUAGCGGCAACCCUUACACCGUCGAGCUAGGCGCGAAUUGGAUUUCCGGAUUAGGUGAAGAUACCGUCGACGGCCCAGAAAACCCUGUCUGGACUUUCUCGAAACAAGUCAAUCUCUCUAGCCCCAACUCUGACGCCUUCUCUAUCGCGACCUAUAAUGAGACGGGUGCUGUAGAUUACACGGAUAUACUAGAUGAGUUUGAGGAGUACUGGAGUAUCUUCGAACAAAGCGCUGGAACUAUACUAUCAGAAAACUUGCAAGACAGAAGUUUUCGCGCCGGCCUUUGGCAAAGCGGAUGGAAACCGAAGGGCGACCCCGCACGCAAGGCUGUCGAGUACUAUCUCUGGGACUGGGAGACUGCCCAAACACCAGAGGAGUCGAGCUUCGUUUACGGUAUCACAGGAUACAAUCUGACUUACUACGCUUUCUCAGAGAUUAGUAACUUCUGUACCGACCAACGCGGUUUCAAUACGUGGCUCAAGCAUCAAGCGUCCAAAUUCCUAAAGCCCAACGAUCCACGCCUCCUUCUCAACACUGUCGUCUCAAACAUCACCUACUCAGAUACUGGAGUACACAUCACUACAUCGGACGGCUCAUGCGUAGAGGCUGACUACGCCAUAUCUACCGUCUCACUUGGUGUGCUACAAAACGACGCCAUCACAUUCGAGCCUAAACUCCCCGAGUGGAAGCAAUCCGCCAUCGCCACGUUCUCGUUCGGCACAUAUACCAAACUCUUCUUCCAAUUCAACGAAACCUUCUGGCCAGAUGACAAGCAGUUUUUCCUGUACGCCGAUCCAACGACACGUGGAUACUACACUGUUUGGCAGAGCUUAUCAACAGAAGGCUUCUUACCAGACUCCAACAUCAUCUUUGCCACACUUGUCGACGAACAGUCUUAUCGCGUCGAGGCACAAGACGACGAGACCACAAAGGCCGAAGGCAUGGCCGUUCUCCGUAAAAUGUUUCCCAAUACCACUAUCCCAGAACCGAUUGCCUUCACCUACCCGCGUUGGUCGCAAACGCCAUGGUCUUACGGAUCCUACUCCAAUUGGCCUGCCGGCACCACGCUCGAGAUGCAUCAAAAUCUUCGCGCAAACCUAGGCAGACUAUACUUUGCUGGCGAAGCAAUGAGUGCGGAAUACUUUGGCUUUCUUCACGGCGCGUGGUUUGAGGGCCAAGAGGUGGGAGAACGUAUUGCAGGGCAGAUUACUACAGAGUGUGUCAAUCGUGGGAGUGGAUGUGGAUCGUAUAACCGCUACGAGGUCUUGCAUGGAACCACUGAGUUGUGGGAGGUCAAUGCAUUUAACGGAAUGGGGACGAGUCCGUUCUUUCUUGCCAAUACUGGGGAGGCAGAGUAG